AUGGUAACAGAUAAAAAGUCCAUAUAUUGUCUACAGUUAUGGUCAUGUAUAUGCUGCUGCAGAAGCAACAAUAACAAGUCUCAAGCACGAAGUCAACACGGUUCCAGAGGAAAGGUCCAUUCAGUAACAAGAAUAGAGAAAUGGGAAGAAAAGAUCACAGAAGCUAACAACAAUGGCAAGAUUCUCGUGGUGUAUUUCAGUGCGCCGUGGUGUGUGCCUUGUAAAAAGAUAGAACCAGUAUUCAGAGAACUUGCUUCUAAAUACCCUUCAAUGAUAUUUGUAACCAUUGAUGUCGAAGAACUCGCUGAGUUUAGUAAUGAAUGGAAUGUGGAAGCGACACCAACUGUAGUGUUCCUUAAAGAUGGGAGACAAAUUGAUAAACUUGUUGGUGCUGAAACCUCAGAGCUUCAGAAGAAAACAGCUGCAGCUGCAGAUCUCAUUCCCAGAAAACCGUAA